UGGGUUGAAGUCGGAAGUGAAUCUGACUUUGCUGAAAACGUCGGCUCUUCGAUUUUGUAUGGCGAUACACAGCUUGCAGUUUUCAACAACGUGCAACGUGGUGAGUGGUACUGUACUCAAAACAUGUGUCCGCACAAACAAGCGUUUGUACUAUCUCAAGGAAUUAUGGGGGAUACGAACGGCGAAGCCAAGGUUGCUUGUCCACUACACAAGAAACAAUUUUCUUUAGACGACGGAGCCGAGAUCGGAGUUGACAAUGGUCUCCAAAUUUUGACAUUCGCAGUUAAGAUCGAGGAUGGAAAGGUG